AUGCAUACUCACAGGAUUGAUACAUUUUUACUAUCCGAAAAUCUAAGGUUAGAGAUUGUUCAUGAAUCUAAUCCAUUUUUUGCUGGAGAGCCGAUUUCUAUGGUAAUUAGAUUGAGACAUUUAGGUUCAGGACAAGAAUAUUUAAAAUUGAAGAGAAAAAUAGAGAGCUUAGAAGAGAGUUUAAAUUAUAGCUUGGAGGAAAACAAUGAUGACUCCACUUCAAAUCUUAGUGAAUCCAAAAACAAAUCAAGACCUUCAGAUGAACAGAGUUGGUCAAUGAAAUCCUUAUUGAGUUCUCUUGUUACUAAUAACGAUCAAGAACUUUCAGCGGAAGAUAAGGCCAAAAAAGAAUUAAAGGAACACCUUUUGAAAUCAAUAGAGUAUCACAAACCAAUACAAUUAAUUACUGGCUACAUUCAAAUGUCGGGAUUUUUUCAGUUCGAUUCUAGCAUCAUUAGCGACGCAAGUUUUGAAAGCUUAGGAAAGAAGAAAAUAAGAUCAGAAGCGUCCACUACAUCAAAUGCAAUUCAACCAAGUGAUUUUGGUGAACCAAUAAAAGAAUUUGAUAAUAGUUCUAUUUUAAAGUACGUAAACUCCGAUUACAAUCUAGUAAAUAAUGGUCUAAUAUCCAAGAGUGAAAACCAAAUAUUAGGUUCUGAAAGUGCGAACUUGAUAGUCAAUGGUUUAAAUGUAGGUAACUCAGUUGAUUUCAACAGCUACCCAAUUUCUAUUAUUCCACAAUCAUUACUAUUUUCAGAAUUAUAUUUAGAACCAGACGAAGUUAAAAGUUUUCAUUUUAAAACACAGGCCUUACCAAAAGAUCUUCCACCAAGUUAUAACCAUUCAAAUACAAUAUCAAUAAAUUACUCAAUGAAAGUUGGUUUAAAUAAGUUAAUUGGUAAGGACAUAAAACAAGAGUUGGUAAAAUUUCCUGUCAAUAUUGCAUCAUAUGUGAGCCCCCUAAGUGAACAAUACACCGCUAAAUUAGAUAGUGAGACUAAAAUUUUAAAUGAAGGGAGCGUUAAAGAAUUGAAAAAAUCUAUCGUCAAUAGAAGAGUUUCGACAGUUUCAGUUUCAUCAACACAUAGUGGAUAUAGUAAAGAAGGAAAUGAUAACCUUGAACUUAUGCAAGAACUAAAACAAAGUUUCGUAAAUCUAGUUGAAGCAAAUUCUACGAAUACGAAAGAUAUAGAAGAGUUAGUUGAUAUUCAAAUAAAAAAACAAUUUCCAGAACCAGCUAGUCCGGAUGAGGAUUUAAGGAUGGAAACUGGAAAUAAUGACAUUAAAAAUUAUUUGAACAAGCAUGAUUCAAAAGUUAGAAAAAACAUUGCAAAUUUAUACAAUAUCGACUCGUUUAAAGGAAUAACAGAACAGGGCAAUGAUAACAACAAAGAGAUUUUAAUUCCACAAAUAAAAAACUUACAAUAUUCAUAUCAGAUCAAUAGGAAUGGUCAAUAUAUAGCCAAUCUAGUACUUUCUAAACCGUUCUACACAACCACCGAUGAUAUUGAAAUGAUUUUGAAAUUUGAUCAAAGCUUGUCUCAGAAAUUUAAAGUCACCGCAGUUACUGCCUCCUUAGAAAGUUUUGAGCUUAUAUCGCCAGCUUUUAAUGGGGCUGGUAGCGACAACAAAAGGCCAAAAGGUAAUCCUAUUUAUGAGACCCAUGUAAUAUCAUUCGAUGAAUGUAACACAAUUCCUCUUAAGAUAUUACUACCUAAAUCACCUGCUACUCAAUUGACGGGUCAAUUCAAAACGGAUAUCUUUCAAUUAAAAUGGAUGCUGGUAUUCAAAUUUGUGCUAAUUCCUAGGGAAGAUGAUUAUAUUCUUGAACAAUUUUAUGAAGAUAAAAAAGGCCAUUUGUUACAUGCAAAAGAAAAUGUAGAAGGUGAAGAAUUCAUCUGUAAUAUACCGAUUACAUUAUUACCGUCAUCUUACGCAUAUGGUGGUUGGUAA